UGGUCUUUGUUUGGCUAACACCUGCAAUCUCUUAUAAAUAGCACCUCACCUUUAGCAACAUGGUAACCGCGCGCACAAUAUCCCGAUCCUUUCAUUCAUACAUACAUAAACCACCGGAGAGGACAGGCUUGCUAGCUGCUGGCUCUGCACCCUGAUCUCUUUCUCCAGUUCCACUUGACUGACGACAACCCCUGACUCUUUGAGGACAAAGUUGCCAUCCAUACCAAGGCCGUGGAUGGACUUGGACAUGCUGAAUUCUCACCCGGAGGCGCAGCUGGAGCUGAUGAACGCAAUGCUCCAGCUGGAGCAGCUCGCCGGGUUCCCUCUCCAUGACCACGGCGGGGCCAUAAUGAUGGCGGUGCCUUCGACUCCCCCGUCGCCGCCGCCGCCGCCGGGCAUGCAGCAGCAAGCAGCUACUCACCACCACCAUCUCUCUUCGGUGCCUCGUCACAUGUCCGCGGGCGCCACCGCCAACAACAACGGCCGUGCCGGCGUGUACGACGACCACCAGUACCCCCGGCAGGUCAGAGUCACAGCCGCGUCGUCGUCGUCGUGCUCGUGCAACGACGGCGGCAGCAGCGGAGAGAUCAGCGCCACCGCCGCUGCCGCCGUCGGGUCAUCGUCGUCGUCGUCGGCGAUGCGGGAGAUGGUCUUCCGCGUGGCGGCGCUGCAGCCGGUGAACAUCGAGCCGGAGAUGGUGCGGCCCCCGAAGCGGCGCAACGCGCGCAUCUCCACCGACCCGCAGAGCGUGGCGGCGCGGGUGCGGCGGGAGCGCAUCAGCGAGCGCAUCCGCGUCCUGCAGCGCCUCGUCCCGGGCGGCACCAAGAUGGACACCGCGUCCAUGCUGGACGAGGCCAUCCACUACGUCAAGUUCCUCAAGACGCAGGUGCAGUCCCUCGAGCGCGCCGCCGCGGCCGACGCCCGCCGCCCGGUACCAGACAACGGUGGCGCCGCGCCCUACUCAUCCGCCCGCAUCAACGGCCAGUGGUAGAUCGAUGAAGUCGAUGGCACUGCUGCACCACCCUCUAGAGUCUAGAGUCUAGAUGACGGUUCCUAGCCUCUCCGCUCUCCGGCAGGCAGGCAUGCGUGCAUGCAUGGCCUUGGUGUGUUCGAUCAUUAAUCGCCAUCGGACCUGGAGCUCUGCACGCACACAACGACAUAACGCGUGUGCGCGUCGGCAACACUGCUUGCACAAUCCUAUGUGCGAAUUAAAGAAGAUCAGAUGAACUUGGGUAGCAUUUUUACUAGUACUAGUACUACUACGACCUAGAAGUAGAAAUGGUCGGUGGUGUUUUACUGCCGUUGUAUUGUAUGUUUUGCGAUUAGCUAGACUCGCAGCACAUGCAGCUUGUACAUUGCACGCAUCCCAUUCCC